AAAAUAAUUUAUUUAUCCCUGUCUGUAUCUCUGUAGUAGACUGUAGUCAUCUUCUUCGGAGCCCCAACCCCAAAUUCGAAAAUUCAAAAUCCCGCCUUCUAGAAACCCUAACGACGGCGACUAUCUCCGCCGUUAAAUCGUCCCUCCCUCUACGUGAUCUAAUUCUCUGUAAGAUCCAGAUUAUUGCAAAAUCGAAGCUCCUUUCAUAGGGUUUAGGGAAAAUGGAACGUUACAUGACCAGAAGAGAUACUCUUGUUAGAGAAAAAGUUAAAGAAGAAGAAGAUGAUUGUGAACUGGAUCUACUCUACCUUGUACAUUCUGAUAUCUCGUCUCUUCUUCACCAGAUUGAUGAGCUCGUUGUCAAAGCCACAAAGCUCAAAACUUUGAGCAAACAAGAAGUUGAAUCCUUCAGAUCUGUCUUGUCCCAUAUGCAUUCCUCACUAAAGCCAUGGUUUCCUCGGUUGCAAGCAGCCAUAUCCAGUUCUCAAUUGCUUUCCAAGGUACACGAAGAACAGUCUUUGAUGAGGAGCGCAAGCAAAGAGGAAUUGUAUGAUGUUGAGAGUCCUGAGCCUACUGGAUUUGAGCCCUUAGUCUCCCCUUCUCCUCUCGUGGCAUGGCGUUGUGGUGAUCAUAACCCCGACAAGGGUAGACAGCUCUUUAUGUUGACACCACUCCCCUUGCGAAAAUCUGAAUUCCUUAAAUCCAAGCUGAAAUCCAAAAGGGUCUUUCCAAAUCCCGCUGCAACUCAACCGCUUCAAGCUUCUAAAGAGACAAGUGACUGUGGUCUAGGAGUUGAGUCGUUGAAGGCUGCAGGACUUGGUAACCCUUUAGUCCCUGUCAUGGAUUUGUCUGAAAGUUUGGUGGAGUCUGAGCCAUUGCCUUCAGUGAAAAUUCAGUCUGAGCUUCUGAUGACCCCUUGCUCAAAGAUGUCGCCUCCGAAAACUCGUACACUGUUUAAACCGGUUCCUCAACGGGGAAAGCAAGAGGCUUGUAAGUCCACCUGCUCAGAAUUGGGAGCUAGCACUUUUAAUGGUUCACAGAGCUCUGAGUCGUCUGGCAUUGAUGAAACAGACGACCUCUAUUCCAAGUAUCCAGAGCUUAUGGGGUUAAAACAUGCUCCAAUAGCUAGAAAAACCGAUCUUGAAGCCUCGCCGGUUUGGUGGUUUUCUCCUCCCAAAACAUCUGUUUUAUUGGAGCCGCCUGUGAAUGAGAAAAUACCAACUGAUGAAACCGGUGGAUCAACAACAGUAUCCUCAUUUGCUUUUACAAACGUUAAACCAGAAGCAGCACACACGAAAGAGGCAAGCAGGUCAAUGGUGGUUGAGAGUACACCAUUGAUGAAAGAAGCAGAGAGUGUAAUGACCAAAAACAGACCAAGAGCGGGUGAGAGUACUCUAAAGAAAGAGCUGUGGACAAGGUUCGAAGAAGCAUCAAUGCAUGAAAACCGUUUCAGCUCGAUGACGACAACAACAACGAUGAGGGGGAAUAAGAAGAAAGGGUUUAUGGAAAUGUUAGAGGAAGUGUGUGGCAAUGAGGAACACGAGUUAAAUUGAUGGUCGAAGCACAAUAUAGUCUACGUAUAACUUCACUUCGUUUGUUUGUAAUUUUGUCAAUCGUGCGGUUCAAUCUUUCUUUACCAUAUUGUGAAGUUAUAUGUGCUUCAAAUUCUCCCAUAUAUUGAAUUGAAUAUACCCUCUUGAGUGGAUUAACCAGUGUGAUUUUAUGUUUAGGUUAUUUUUCGAUCUUUAGGACAA